UAUGCAAUCUCUAUUUGUAAAGUGUUAGAAAUGUCAACAAAGACCAGCUACUAUAAAAUGUUCUUAAUGUCGUUAUGGUCAAACUUAUAGACUAUGUUAUUCCUGUGAUUCGUAAAUUCAUAAUCGCACAGGUCCAAUCGAUUAAUAACACAAAACAGAAAUUAUUCCAUAUUAAGGUAAAAUUAUUUGUUUAAAAUAGAAAUGUAUCAAAAGAAUUAGAAUUUUGCACCAGCUCCCUCUAAACUCGAAUAAUCAAAUUAAAUUAAAAAGAAUGAAUUUAAAGCCCAACCGCCAACAAAGGAUUAUUUAUCAAGUGAAACAAGAAAACCUGAUUAUUCUAAAACUAUUGAUGUUAAUAGGAAACCAGAAUAUCCUGAUAAGAAACAUGAUUAUUUGGAUAAAAAAGUUGAUAGUCAUGAUAAAAGAUAUGAUUAGCAAUAUUCAGGUUUUGAUAAAAAAUAGUAUACUUCUAAUCAAAAGCCUUAAGAAAUGGAUAGAGCCAGUUAAUCAAUAAUGAAUUAAUUGAAAGAUGAAUAAUAAUAAACUGAAAGAUUAAAGGCUGAAUUAAAUAUGGCAAAAGAUAGAGAAAAGGAUUUCUAAAAGAGAUUGUAAAAUAAUAAUUGUUAUAUAUAAUAGGUCUAAGCUAGAAUAAGAUUAUGAAUCAAAACAUAGAGAAGAUAAAUAAAAAAUCUAAUAAUUAUAAGAUGAAAAUAAAAAUUUAAAUUAAAAAUUAAACUAAGCUAAUAGACAUUAAUAAGAGGAAAUCAAUAAAGUUAGACAAUAAUAUGAAUCCUAACUUAAUGAACUUGAGUAAGCUUAUAAUGAAAAAGAAUAAUAGUUAGAAUAAAUAACAUAAGAAUUUAAUUUAGUAAUUAAUAAUAUAAAUAGUAUAUUAGGAGGAAAUAUAAAAUAAAAUAGAAGAAUUAUAAUAAGAGUCAGAUAUGAAAGAUUAAAUUAUUGAAUAAUAUCAAUAGUAAUUACAAGAUAUGUAAGAAGCAAUUCAAUAAAUUCAAGAGGAAUAAGCAAAUAAUAGUAGAAAUACAAGAAAUUAAUUCUCAUCAAAUAAGAAAUUAUCAAAGAGUUAAGAUAAUGAUAAAGAUUAAAUGAUUUAGAAUUUACAACAAUAACUUGAAGCAAAAGAUGAGGAUUGUAGAAGAUUAGAAGGUAUUUUUUUAGAAAUAACCAUUAUUUUUAGAAUUGAUAGAAAAUUUUAAACCUCUAUAUUAAAAUUUAAGUGAUGAAAAAUAACAAUUAUAAGAGGAAGUAGAAAAACUUGCAAAUGAAAAUAAUCAAUUUAGAGAAAUCUUUAGUGUAAUAUAUUACAAAAAUUUAGUAAAAUUUACAUCUAUUUGGAAUUGACCCAGAAUAAUUGAAUGAAGAAGGAGAGGAAGGAGAAGGUGAAUAUCCUGAAGAAAUUGCAGAGGAAAAUGAUGAUCAAAAUGAUUGAAC